CGAUUCACUUGCCCUACGGCGGUCAUUACCCUUACAAUGCGUUCGGGAAGAGAAAAAAAAUGAUAAAGAGCAUAGAGGGGCGUGCAGAUCAGGAGUCGGUUACACUGGGCUGCCGCCGAGCAACUGUGUUGAGAGUGACAUCACAGUCACAGCCCCGCUCCGAUGUAAAGUCCCUCCGGACCGCUGAACUGGGACCGGCGCCAGCAGCUACCGUGCUCUCUGCAAGAAGCUCUCCCUCAACACGGAGCCCGGGCUUCCCGGACUUAUCCAUAUUAAUUGGCUACCUGCAAUUUUUCUUGUUCCGAAGGGAGGAGGAGAGUUAGUUACAUAUCUGUUUGGAGUGGGAGCAAGUUCUCCUUUGUGAUAACCUUGACAAAAAGGCAGGACGACAUAACGGAGUCUCAUAUAACGGAAUCGCAGUGAGCAGAGUUUAUAUAUAUAUAAAAAAAGGAACGACGCAGUUAAGAGGAAAGAUUUUCUAUUUUUUCUGCAGAACAUGACAGCUUCCUCUGCUACCAGGGUCUUUGUGUUAUCUCUUGUGUCAAUUCCGGUGACCUACCUCUUUAAUCUGUUGUCCUCCAGCAGCAGCAGCAGCCCAUGGACAAUCCUGAUUGUUGUAUUGUCGAUCUUGAUUUCUAUUGCUAUAAUGGCAUUUCUCCUGGUUAAAAAAAAGCCUCCAAGGGAUCCUUUGUUCUAUGUUUAUGCAGUAUUUGCAUUUACCAGUGUAGUGGAUCUUAUUAUUGGCCUCGAGCAGGAUGGUCUCAUCGAUGGAUUCAUAACCAUGUACCUGAAGGAGAGUGAACCUUAUCUGAGCACCGGCCAUGGUCACAUGAUUUGCUACUGGGAUGGUUCCGCACACUACUUGAUGUAUCUCUUGAUGGUGGCGGCAAUUGCCUGGGAGCAGAGUUACAGAACAAUUGGCUUAUACUGGGUUGGAUCGAUUCUGAUGAGUACUGUUGUAUUCUUAUCUGGAAACCUUGUUGGAAAAUACAGCACAAAAGUUGGCCCUGCCAGUCUCCUGAUUACUCCUUAUCUUCUUCUUCCAAUGUGGGCUGUCCUCCAAAUUUAUAACCAGCCUUUACAGAAUGAGUCUGCACCUAAGGCAAUUGAAAUUGUCCAAAAGAAGAAUUUGAUCCAGAGACCAUUUGAUCUGGUGUUGGCGAUUUUACUCGUUUUCAUUGCAUCCUUCAGUAUUUUCAGAGGACUGGUGGCCUUGGAUUGCCCUGCCGAGGUGUGCCGCCAAUACCUGCAGCAACAAGAGCCGUACCUGAGAGAUCCUGCAGCCUAUCCAAAGAUACAGAUGCUGGUGUACAUGUUUUACUCUGUCCCUUUCUGCAUUGGAACACUCUAUGGCCUUUUGGUUCCCGGAUGUUCCUGGCUCCCUGACUUGGCUGUACUUCAUGCUGGAGGCCUUGCGCAGGCACAGUUUUCACACAUUGGAGCAUCCCUUCAUUCCAGGACUCCUUACACAUACAGAGUACCAGAAGAUGCCUAUCUGUCCUUUCUAUUAAUAAAUGGACUGUAUGGUAUUCUGCCACAGUUACUUGCCUACAGAUGUAUCAACAGCCCAGAGUUUUUUCUAAAAAGGAAAAAGGACACAAAGACCAUGUAGACCCUGAUCGUAUGAAAUGAUUUAUUUUUAUGUCCAAAUAUGCAUAAUUGUUAAUUAAAUAGGUUUGCAUAUUUAAUAUUAGAGGAACAUUACUAGUAGAAAAUUGUAUUGGUGCCUUGUAAAUGAAGUUCAUUUUCUAUUUUGGUAUUAAUACUGUUUUAUUUUCCCAAGUGUACUGUUGAGUAAAAUUAAUAGAUUUGUGUAUUUAAGAAUUGUAAUCUAAGUGCCAAACACAAUGCACUUAUACUUUAGCCAAUGACUGCAACUGUGAAAUCUGCAUCAGUCACAUCAGUUUCGAUGCUUAUCCUGUGUAACGCAAUAAGUUACCAAGUUUGUCUGUGCAAUAAGAACCAGGAGGGGCUGUGAAUAUCAGUACAGCAGUCUGGUAUAAUUUUAGAUUGUGUACUUUCUGAAAAUGUGGCAAAACUAUUAAUAGUAACUUUUAACAGAGAGUUGCAGAGAGGUUUGAAAGGAGAGGGCUGUAGAAUAAUGCUGAAGAAGCAGAGCUUGCAUAGGGCUGUCAUUGAUAAGAUGGGCUGAAUUGUCUCAGUCUUAUGUGCUGAAAGCAGUGAAGGUAUCGAUAUUAGAAUAGAAUCAUAUUAUUGAUUGCAACAAAUCAUCUGCUUUGAAUAUAUUUGAAAUAUAUAUACAGUAGAUCCUGUAGUUCAUGCAGCCAAUGUUAAAAUGACUGUUUACGUAAGAUGACCAGUGUGGAUAAGAGUACAAUGUAAAACAUAAAUAAAUAA